AUCUUACACAGGCUGAAAGUUGGUCUUCAAGUAGCAGCUGUCAAAGCACCUGGAUUUGGUGACAACAGAAAAAAUCAGAUGCAUGAUAUGGCCAUAGCCACUGGUGGUAUGGUGUUCGGACAGGAAGGAUUGGAUCUCAAAAUCGAGGAAGUGCAAAUGCAAGAUUUUGGUGUCGUCGGUGAAGUUGUCAUUACAAAAGAUGAUACUUUACUACUAAAGGGUAAAGGGGAUGCCGCUGCAUUGGAGAGGAGGGUACAACAGAUUAAAGAUGAUAUUGAAGAAUCUACAUCAGAAUAUGAAAAAGAAAAGUUCAGUGAACGACUCGCCAAGUUGUCAGAUGGUGUGGCAGUACUGAAGAUCGGUGGUUCGAGUGACGUUGAAGUGAACGAGAAAAAAGACAGAGUGAAUGACGCUUUAAAUGCUACUAAGGCUGCGGUAGAAGAAGGAAUUGUGCCCGGUGGAGGUGUAGCGUUACUCAGAUGCAUGCCAUUGCUAGAUUCAAUUGAGGUUAAAAAUGAUGAUCAGAAAGCAGGUGUUGACAUCAUACGUCGUGCCCUGCGCACACCAGCAACACAGAUAGCAGUUAAUUCUGGUGUAGAAGGCUCUCUUGUAGUUGAAAAAAUUCUGAAUUCCUCAGCUGAAAUGGGCUAUGAUGCAAUGAAAAAUGAAUAUGUAGAUAUGGUGAAAGCGGGAAUCAUAGAUCCAACAAAAGUUGUGAGGACGGCUAUCGUAGACGCAGCAGGCGUGGCAUCACUACUCAGCACAUCUGAAGCGGUUGUAACAGAACUUCCUAAAGAAGACAAAGAACCCAUGGGAGGCAUGGGC